GAAAACGUUCUCCUGAAAUUCAUCACCAACAACCAGGAUGUUUAACUAAGAAAGAGGUGAAGCACAAGCCAUCCUUAAGAAUCUCCAGAAAACGCAGAAAUUGUUUGCUACAUUUAACAGACAAAGAAGCCAAGUCCCAACAUGGAGAAACAUCAGCACUCUGUCAAGAGUUUUACUAAACAGAGUGAUCUCACAAAACACCAGCGCAUUCACACAGGAGAGAAACGGUAUUACUGCUCAGACUGUGGGAAGAGUUUUAAUCGACAGGGUCAUCUCAAAAUACACCAGCGCAUUCACACAGGAGAGAAACCGUAUCGCUGCUCAGACUGUGAGAGGAGUUUUACUAAACAGUGUAAUCUCAAAAUACACCAGCGCAUUCACACAGGAGAGAAACCGUAUCACUGCCCAGACUGUAGAAUGAGUUUUACUAGACAGAGUACUCUCAAACUGCACCAGCGCAUUCACACAGGAUUAAAACCAUAUUACUGCUCAGACUGUGGGAAGAGUUUUACUAGACAGAAUACUCUCAAACUACACCAGCGCAUUCACACAGGAGAGAAACCGUAUUACUGCUCAGACUGUGGAAAGAGUUUUACUACACAUAGUGAACUUAGUAAACACCAGCGCGUUCACACAGGAGAGAAACCGUAUCACUGUUCAGACUGUGGGAAAAGUUUUACUGAACAGAGUAAACUCAAAAAUCACCAGCGCAUUCACACAGGAGAGAAGCCGUAUCACUGCUUAGACUGUGGAAAGAGUUUUAAUCAACAGAGUACUCUCAAAAUACACCAGCGCAUUCACACAGGAGAGAAACCGUAUUACUGCUCAGACUGUGGGAAAAGUUUUACUACACCAAGUUAUUUCAAAAAUCACCAGCGCAUUCACACAGGAGAGAAACCGUAUCACUGCUCAGACUGUGGGAAGAGUUUUACUACACAGAGUGAUCUCAAAAAUCACCAACGCAUUCACACAGGAGAGAAACCGUAUCACUGCUCGGACUGUGGAAAGAGUUUUACUCAACGGAGUAAUCUCAAAAAACACCAGCACAUUCACACAGGAGAGAAACCGUACCACUGCUCAGACUGUGGGAAGAGUUUUACUCAACAGAGUAAACUCGAAAAACACCAAUGUGUCACUGCUGUUUCCCGGCGCCUGGCACCGAACCCCAGUAUCCGUGGUUCAGAGAUGCCUGAAGCUGCGAGGCUUCUGAACAAGGCUGAGACAGGAGGGUCAGUAGUUGUAGCCCUGCUGGUGAAUUAGAAAAAGAAAAGAGGAAAAAGAAAAGUAAAUCAUCAGUAGACAGCGCUGAUCAUCCUUUGGUUUUGCCUUUUAAUUUUGGCAUUUAAAGUGCCGUCCACUCCAAACACUGAAUCACAAAAUGUGACUUUGCUAUUGAUUUUCCAUUUUGUGUUUUAAUUUAAAUUCUGCCAGACGCCCUGAGACCGAUGCCAUCGCGAGACUACGAGAAAUCCAACAUGGCGGCAUCACGCUGCUGGAAGAAAACAUGGUAAACUAAGAAAAAUACCUCCUUAAUUUAACCCUGGAUAACAUUUUGGACUUCCUGGACGACUACUGUUAUCGGCAACGCGACUGUUCCACUGAUACGAAGGAAGACAGCACGAGGACUGAAUCUCAGAUCAGUCUGCUCCACUCUAUUAACGAAAAACUCGCUAUCCUUGAGAUGAUGCACACUGACAUAAAAGAGCUCAAAACAAGUAUUGAGUUAACCCAGUCACAAAUAGACACUCUGCAGGCUGAAAACAAGGACUUAAAACUCUGUCAACAAACUCACUACCGAGAAGGAAACCGUCAAAAAUGAAAACAAACUAAUGAAAGAAACUAUUUUAGACCUUGAGGGCCGCAGCAUGCAUGACAACUUUGUAUUUUAUUGGAAUCAUUGAACGACCCUAAAAAGAUCUAGAGCAUAUAAUAAAAGAAUUUAUGCAAUCAGCGCUAAAACACUCACAGGACACUGUCAACAACAUAACUUUCCACAUAGUCCACCACAUUGAAGUUAAAAAUAACAGCAACAGAUCAAGACCGAUCGUCGCCAAAUUUGAACAUUACAAACAAAAAGAACUUGUUAAGAGUUGCGAUAAAGAGCUUGAGGGAACAAACUAUGGACUAAACAACCAGUUGCCCUGUGAAAUCCAGGAACGGUGGAAAAAACUUCUACUAGUUCUAAAACAAAACCGGGAGAAAGAUAGAAAAAAAGGUCGCUCUCGCAGUGGAUAAACUGUACAUCAGUGGCGGAUGGUGGUCUUUUAAGGAGGGGAAGCUCAAUUUCGGCCUACAUCUUAACAUAUGUAGUUUUAUUUAUACGUAAAUUCUGCUCUCCCUGAGAUUUUUUUUUUUUGUAAACAAAAGGCAUUAUUUUUAAGUUUUGACUACACAACAAAAAGGUACCCAUUCUUUACAUUUAACAAUUACAUAAAAAAAAAGAUGCAAUGACAUGAAUAAACAUAAAAUGAUCAGUAAAAAAAACAUUACGCAAAAUCUUUAAAGUUGGUAUAGGAAAAAAUGCACGUAAAUUUAUUUCACACAGUUUUAAUUUCCUUAAAUAAUCCCUUUAUUAAUUUUAAUAAUUUUAAUUAUUUUUAAUGAUAACACAAUACUUACUACUGGCCCCUGUUCAUUUAUGUCCUGAGAUGGUUUCAUCAAGAGGCAUGGACAACAGUACAGAAGUCAGUCUCCAAACACAAGCAGCUACAGAAAAGCACCAGAAAUAGAAGCUCGAUUUGUUGCUAGUUGUUUUUAAUAAAGAAAAUGCCGCUAUAAGGAUUAGGAAAGUCUCAGGUUCAACUCAGAACACAAUGAAAAUGCUCCCAACACGGAGUUUUACACUAAAAGAUCGCUGAUUCGCUCAUUCCGCUGUCAAUAAAAAAUGGACUCCGCCAUCCAAUCAUCAUGCAGAAGCUCAGCGUCCGAGGCCAGCCCACUGCCCCAUAGACCCCCAGAGACGCUGAGCGUCCGAUGGGCGGGACAAAGCCCAGCGUUUAUCCAAUGACUCGUUUCGUUUCGCCGCGCGCUUUGCUCCGCUAUUGAAGUCUGUGCACUGUUUAAAGCAGCGCUGUGAAGCUGCGGGAAUGAGUGAGAGGAAAGCAGCGGCGUUACCAGUGAUGAGAAGCUGAUUCUGAACUAAGUUCAGUGCGGUGCAGCGCAUAUUUAAUCAGUGACAUGUACACACAAUAGUAUAUAUUUAACCACUUAUGUUUUUUUACAUUUUAGGGGAAGCUGAGCUUCCCUUGCAGUCUUAGAGCAAUUGCCACUGCUGUACAUAGAUGGGAAACUCUUGCGAGACCUCAAUAUAACAACGUGGCUUUAAUUGGAAUUAUAUUCUCUUUCUCUCUCUCAUCCAGUUCGAUGUGUGAGUGGGUGUGAGAGUGUAUGUGUGUGACUGUGAGUAUGGAAGUACAUAUAGGUGGUGGUGCAUGUGUGCAAACGUAAGUAAUCAAGAAUAGAAAACUGUGUGUGUAUCAGUGUAUAUAUGUAUAGGUAGGUAUAUGUGUAUACAUAUAUGUAUAUUAUUAUUCUUUGUUUGUGU